UGUUCAUAAACAAAACAAAAAGAAAAACACCAUAACAAUUAACAAACGUCCCUGAAAAAUCAGUUAUUUUCCCUCCCAAAAUAAAAAACAAUGGCGUUGAGAAGUGCAAUUUCCAUCGGAAGAAGACGAGCAAACCCAGUUUUAUUUUCAGCAACUUCAGUCUUUACAAAUUCCAAGUCUCUCCCUCAUUCCCAUCGUUCAUUUCCUUUCCAUGUAACCAAACCUGGGCUUCAGCAUUCGAUUCGCGCUAUUCAAGGAACAACCGUGAAUCCAAUAACACCAAAGAGAGAUGAAGAGAUGAAGCAAGAUAACAAUGAUCAAAAUUGGAAAAUUAAAAUGUUGUAUGAUGGAGAUUGUCCACUCUGUAUGAGGGAGGUGAAUAUGUUGAGAGAGAAGGAUAAAGAAAAUGGAGCUAUCAAGUUUGUUAACAUAAGCUCUGAAGAUUACUCACCUGAGGAGAAUCAAGGCCUUGAUUACAAAAUUGUUAUGGGAAAAAUUCAUGCAAUCCUCUCUGAUGGAACAGUAGUAACAAAUGUUGAGGCUUUCAGGAAACUGUAUGAGGCUGUUGGCUUAGGAUGGGUUUACGCGAUUACAAAAUACAAGCCUGUUGCCAUUGUUGCAGAAGCAGUUUAUGGUGUAUGGGCCAAAUAUCGCCUUCAGAUAACAGGCAGGCCGCCUAUAGAACAGAUCCUUGAAUCCAGAAGAAUGAAGAAGGAUGAAGUGUGUAAUGACAGCAACUCUUGUAAAAUGUGAAGUUUUCAAGCGAUCCAGGAAUGAUCAGGAUGUCUAAAACAACACUUACCACCUACAAUCAGAGACUCAGAAGCCCACUACUUUAUAUUUCAUAGUUUUAUCUUCUAAAAUUAGCUGAUGUAUACAAAAAGCAUUUCUAUAUAGUAGAUCUAGAUGAAACUUGAGAACCAUAUUGUAAAACUGAUAUGCCAAUUCCACACAUUACUAUAUGUAUAUACCUCUGUGCUUCACUUUUUUA